AUGCCGUGUCGCUCAUGCGAAUUGUAUACGCAGCUGAAGGUACUUGAAGUUGCUUAUAACGAGUAUGCAAAUGCACAGCAGCGCUUCGACAUUAUAUCUGAAUUUUAUGGCAAAGAAUUUGUUCUAUUCAGGUCGGAUAAGCCACGCACGCUCGAAGAGAUUGUAGCCGAGGAACCAACAAAGAAAAAAUUGAUUUUGCAGCAUCUCGAAGAGCAGCUUCUUACACUGGUUGAUAAGACUACUGUGCGGCUCUCGCUCUGUCAUCGUCUUCUGAGAGAUUUCGCCUCUCACUGUGAACCAGAUCAACUUACAAAUUUGAUUGACUCUCUAAAGGAUAAAAUUCCCGAAAUAGUUCACACACCAGAUGGAUCCUAUGUGGCAAUGAAGUGUAUAUGGAAUGCUAGUGUUAAGGACAGGAAGUUAAUAGUGAAGAACUUCAAAGAUCUCGCCGUCAAGGUGGCAAUGGAGCAUUAUGGACAUCGAGUUCUCUUAGCUCUUUUCGACACCAUUGAUGAUACUGUACUUAUCAAUAAGUACAUAACUACAGAGCUGUGUCAUGAGAUGAACAAACUGAUCAUGGACACGUGGGGUGAGAAAGUCGUUCAUUAUAUUGUACAUCCACGAGAUGGCCGAGGAAUGCCGCGAGAAGAGAUCGAACUUUUACGUGAGGGCGACUCCAACCCUUUCAGCAAGAAGGAGAAAAAAGAUCGUUACGCUGAAAUAUACAAGAACAUCUGCGAGUCUUUAUAUGCGUAUCUCGCCUCAAAUAUGGAGUCGUUGAUUUUCGAGCACAACAGGUCUAAAUUCAUCGCCGCUUGUUUGGAAACCACAAGCAGCUAUGAUCUGUUCGAUCGCCAAGUUCCGCCUGAGAUGCGUCAAAAAUGUAACGAGGCGCUCGCUCAGAUAGCCAAACAGGAAUUUAUACCCAUGGACAAUGAACGCCUCCACCUGAUCGAGCAUCCUGCUGGGCACUUUGUCUUGAUGGCUGUGUUGAGGUGUGAUAAUGCCUUAGCCGAGGAUCAGAGAUUAUCCGUUGAGAUUGUCAAUUCGUUAUCCAAAGAGGACUUAGGUUCAUGGAUUUGCUGUAAUAAGGGCUGCCACGUUUUGCUGAAGAUGCUCCAUUGUGGAUCGAGUACCGUGAAGCAAAAAGUGAAGGAAGCGGUAAACAUGAAGCAGCUGAAGGAAUACACUUUCCGAGGAGCCACAUUACUUGCUGAUGAGCUGGCGAAAUAG